UCAAUAUCACUGUAAGAGCACAGAGAGUCCCACACAGUGAGGCUGACUGAGGACUUGGUCACAACCGGUACGCACACCGUGUCACUUCUGAAGCUGGUUCAGGAUGAGCUGCUCCCUGCAAUCCUUGAGGAGGGCCAAUUUGCUCCUCUGUCUGGGCCUAUUUCUGCACUGUGCAGAAGCCAGAGUGCACACUGAAGUACAGGCGGGGCCUCUUUAUCGUGUGGUGGACUCUCUGCUCUCCAUCACCUGCAAUGUGAGCGGCUUCACCGACGCCGAUGCUGAAAAAGAAUUUGAAUUCCGUCUCAAGAAGCCCGGAACGUCAUUAGAGAUCAACGUCAUCAGCACACAUAAACAAGACUUUAGCUAUUCGAUGUUUUCAAGCCGUGUGAGGAGCAAGGAAGUCACUUUGACACACGUGUCUCCAAACUCGGUCGUCUUUAAGAUAGAAAGGCUGCUGAAAGGCGAUGAGGGGGAAUAUGACUGUACUGCAGUUAACAUAGAAGAGGAUUAUAAUGGAAUCUACAGUGUUCAGACAACUGUGAAUGUGAUUGACAACUCCCUGAGUGUUUCAUCACCUGCCACCACCUCACUGAGCUAUAAUGAGGGUGACGCUCUCACUUUAACAUGCCAAGCCUCCAGCAACACCGUCCAGCACACCCAUCUGUCUCUUUCCUGGUACCUCCAUAAAGACGGCGAGGCCGAGGCUCAGCCUAUCAUUUCUCUGAACAGAGAUUUCACGCUGAGCCCCGGCCAGGGAUUCGAAGGCCGUUACCAAGCCGGACUCAUAAGGUUAGAUAAAGUGGGAGAGGCCACGUACAAACUGAAGAUGGCUCAACUGGAGCUGUCAGACCAAGGCAGGAUCUACUGCCAGGCUCAGGAGUGGAUCCAAGAUCCCGACCGCUCCUGGUACUCUAUCGUACAGAAGAAGGCAGCAGAAACUACCGUGACUGUUAAAGCCAGAGAGGUGGUGCCAGACACGUCGUCUCUGCUGGUGAGAAUCUCAGCACAGCAGACAACCCUGCAGGAGGGGCAAGAGCUGUCGCUAUCCUGCACAGUAGACACACAGAACCUGGAGGAAAAGUUCUUCUCUGUAGCCUGGUUUAGGGAAAGUAUUAAGAUGGCUGAGAUUGGCCCUACAGGCAUUUUGUCUGUGGGGCCCAGCUAUAGCGAGCGAUCGAAAGAAGGAGAGCUCAGGGCAGCCCGAACAGGGGCCAGAGAUUACCAUCUCAAAUUGCAGCCUAUCAGAACCGAGGACCAAGGACAGUAUUUCUGCAGAGCAUGGCCUUCUGAUAGAGGCCAGGAUGGUGCAUUUACCCAGAGAGCAGCCCAAGACUCCAGCCCCCAACUAAUCAGCAUCUCGGCCACAGAAAGCGGCCUCUCGCUCUCAAUGCAAAGCAGCGUGAGUGUCAACAAAGGUGACAGCCUGCGUCUCGCCUGUACGGUGCAAGGGGUCAAAGGUCUGCUCUCCGUCACCUGGCAACACAAAGCAUCCUCCACAGCAACGGCCGCGUUCACCAGAGUCAUCAGCCUGAGUCAGGAGGGCGUCAUGGAGAAAGCGGAGGAGUUCAUGAGUCGCAAAAUAAGAGCAACGCGCCCGGCAGCCGACAGCUUCACCCUGGAGUUUGAUGAGGUCACGCUGGCUGAUUCAGGAGUCUACCAGUGUACUGUGUCUGAAUGGAAAACGGAUAAGACCAAGACCAACAGCCAGUCACAGACUGCCACUGUGACAGUGGAUCCUACAGAUAAGUUCGUGAAAGUAUCUCUUGUAAGUCGCAAGAGUGCAGUGGCUCUAGGAGAAAGUGUGGAGUUGAUGUGCCGGGUCAAAGGUCCACGUGUACCGAUAACACUGACUUGGAGCCUGCAGCGCGACUCCUCGUCCAACCCAGAUACCAUCCUGACGCUGUACUCCAAUGGUGGCAUCAGCUGGUUCGGAGACGAAAGUACCUACCAGCUGAGAGUCGAGAACAAAAACAAUGAAGUUGUUCACUAUCUUCUUAUCAAUGGGGCGAGUCAAAGGGAGUCGGGAAGCUACCAGUGUAGUGUGUCUGUGUUCCGGGAGAAUGUAUACAAGAAACUGCCUCCAUCCAACCAACUGGCUUUGAGUGUGCAGAACCCAGUGAGCAAGCUCGCUGUGACCACCGCACUCUCCUUGACUAGUGAUGUCAACACCGACGUAGAAAUAAAAUGCUCAGUCAUCACAGAAACCUCUCCGUCUUCCCGCUAUGCCGUCACCUGGCUGCUCCAGGAAGGGGCAGAAAAUAAGACCAUCAUAAGCUCGGACCGGGAUGCCCUUAUAACAUUCGGACCCCAGGUAGAGCAGAGCCUCAGACAGCGAAUCAGCAUGAGGCGCGCUAAGGGUCCCAGCUUUGAGCUGACUAUUCGGCGAGCUGAGGUCUCAGACAAAGGUUCAUACAUAUGUCAGGUGGUGGAGUGGAUACAAGCUCCUCGUGGUGAAUGGUAUCAGCUCUCGCAGGUGUUCAGAACUACAAAGAUAACAGUUACUGAGCCCGUGAGUAAGCUCGCUGUGACCUCCACCCCCACCCUGACAAGUGAUAUCAACACCGACGUCGAAAUAAAAUGCUCUGUUACCUCAGAAACCCCUGCGUCUUCUCGCUAUGCCGUCACCUGGCUGCUCCAGCAAGGGGCAGAAAAUAAGACCAUCAUAAGCUCGGACCGGGAUGCCCUUAUAACAUUCGGACCCCAGGUAGAGCAGAGCCUCAGACAGCGAAUCAGCAUGAAGCGCACUAAGGGUCCCAGCUUUGAGCUGACUAUUCGACAAACUCAGAUCUCCGACAAAGGCUCAUACAUUUGCGAGGUGGUGGAGUGGCUACAAGAUCCUCGUGGUGAAUGGUAUCAGCUCUCACAGGUGUCCGAAACUACAGAAAUAAUUCUUAUUGAACCUGCCAAUGACCUUAGACUAGAAAAGAUAGAGCAGAGGCUGACUACCUCGGAGGGAAACGAGGUGGAGGUCACGUGUAACAUCAUCUCAGGUGCAACCAGUCCUUCCUUUUUCUACAAAGUCUCUUGGUUCUACACCGGGCCCGGUUCUUCUGUCACAAAUACGCUAGUGGAGCUCGAUCACACAGGUCUGCUGAGUUACCUGGAGAGCGAGGGGCUCAGAGGCCUGCAGCGGCGGCUUCGUCUCUCAAGACCCACCCAGAACAGUUUCUACUUGGGGAUUCAGAGGGCACAUGAAGAGGAUAGCGGGACCUACAAGUGCCGGGUUGAACAAUACCAGCUGGAUCGUGAUGGUCAAUGGCAACAAAGGGCUUCAGAAGACGGUGGCCCCACCACGCUGACUGUAAAUCUUGCAGGAAAAAACCUGUCCGUUUUAAAGGAAGCAAAGGAGUUGAAUAGGAGCACGUCCCAGGAUUUCACAAUCCCGUGUCAUAUCACCAAACAAUCCAGCAAUGAAUCCGAGUUCCAGGUCACGUGGUUUUGGCAGAAAGAGACGGGAAAUAAACAAAGUCCCAUAUUCACAGCUUAUCGAAACUCCACCCUAGAAGACAAGUCUGGGAAUGCUGUUCAGCUAAGAUUUAGCCAUGCUUUGCCAAACCAGUUCAGCCUUAUGGUCAUAAAGCCAAAUCCUGAACACAGAGGCCUGUAUUACUGCGAGGUCGAAGAGUGGCUCCAAUCUCUGUCCCAUGGGUGGAGGAAGGUUGCAGUGGAAACAUCAGGAAAUUUGACUGUUCACGUCUACGCAGAAGGACGCGCUAACGCCCACUCUGAGCCACCAUGCAGGUCGGGUAUGUGGAUCGGGAUUUUCGUAGCUUUUGUCAUCUGCACUAUAGUGGCCGUAGCCAUGGUGGUGGUGAAGAUAUUUCACAAUAAAGGAAAGAAGUCGGAACCAUCUCUGUGGGCAGAACAGCCUUUGAACCCCAAACCCAGUGCAGAGGACUAAAUCUCAUAUAGCAAAAGAAAAGAGUAUUUUUUUAUGCGCUGUUAAUAUAUGCAAUCAUUUUUUAUAAUGAAAAAGAUUCCACUGUACAUAUUUUUCUAUUCAUUUUUAUUCAAAGUUCAAUAACUUCAAUGAAUCUGUUGAUAAUGUUCCAUAAAAUAAUUGUUUCAAUGUUUUACUGCGCAGCUGGGAAUAAUUUUUGCCUUUAGGAAUUAAUGAAGUUCAUUAAACCUUUAAAAUUAAACAGGCACUUUUCAUUUUUACGGCUAAAACGUCUUUGCAUAAUCACCCAGCUUCUUUCCGCCUUCAAUGGACAGUUAAGCCAGGCAGCGGAUCGACUUUGUGACUCUCCACCUACAAAGCAAAACACACUCACUGACAGAUUCCUUUUUAUGUAGCAACAUGGCAGCUUGAUACCAGAGUAUAUCUUUAAAAAGGCAUAGCAUGUCUCUGUGCUCCGGGGGGGGACAGCUAAGCACGAAAUGUGGUUAAGAUUUGAAACUUUUUCUCUAUAAGUAACACAACUAUGAAUCAGCCAGGAAGUGAUCUGUGGUUCUGCAAGAGAACAGGAUGACUGUGUGGUCUGCGAAUCUGUUGAAAUGUGAAAUGUGACGUGCAUUUGAACAGACGGAGACAGUCUGUAAGAGGUUACAACAGUGCAACGGAAGCAGCCACAAUCAGUCACCACUUAUUAUUACUAAGCCUGUAACUUGUAAAAUCAGCCGAGUAAGUCUUUUAAUUCCAGACAGACAGUCGGUUAAACCCACCUACGGGAGAAAGAAGUUAAAAUAGAGUACAGGCUCAGUAAAGCAUUUCCAAAUGUCUGAUGAUGUCUAUGGGAUGUACACUUAAGGAAAUCAUUGACUGUAAAGUAAAUUUGCAACCAAUCUCACGUGUUCACAUCUA